AGUCAAAUACAGGAAAGAGUGUGAUCCCGGAAGUAAGCGGAGUGGAAAAAGAGUCGCCCGGUGGUGGGAAACUCUUCACAACAACAAAAGUACAUUUCAGAAUCGACAUUUUGGAAAUGGGCACCACGGCCAGUCAACUUGGGAAGGAUUUGCUCUCAGAAUAUCAAGAGCUGACUUUCUUGACAAAACAAGAAAUUCUUCUUGCUUACAAGAGAUUCAGUGAACUGCUCGGUAAAGAUGAGAAAGACGUGCUCCACGAGAGAGUCCCAAUGGAUCGUAUUCUCACUCUGCCAGAGCUCAAGUCCAACCCCUUCAGGAAGAGAAUCUGCUACGUAUUCUCAACAUCUGAUAGCAAAAAUGGAAGCCUCACCUUUGAGGACUUUCUGGAUCUCCUGAGUGCCUUCAGCGACUCUGCUACCAUGGAAAUCAAAUCCCACUAUGCGUUUCGUAUAUUUGACUUUGAUGACGAUGGAACUCUUGACUGUGGUGAUCUGGAGAAGUUGGUCAACUGCCUGACUGGUGAGACGGACGAGACAAAGCUGACCGCAGAGGAAAUGAGGCAGCUCAUCAGCAAUAUUCUUGAAGAGUCAGACAUUGACAAGGAUGGAACCGUGAACCUCUCAGAGUUUCAGCAUGUCAUUUCAAGGUCUCCAGAUUUUGUCAGCUCUUUUAAGAUUGUGCUGUGAAGACAUCUAAUGGCCUUUACCUCUACUUUUAACCCUUAUGGUUUUUAAUUUACAAUUCAGUUUCAAAACGUUUGAGAUUUGCCUUAAAGUAUAGUUACCUGUAGAUUUUAUUGCCUUAACUAUUUGAUGUGUUCUUUGUGAAAUAUAUAACCUGUGAUUUGUUUUCAUUUUUUUCUAGAGAACAUUUUUAAUACUUCCAAAAAGUGCUCAUAUAUGCAGUUGAUUGUUUUAACCUAGACAAAAAGGAACUUGUACGUCACAAAAUAAAUUAAAAAAAUGAA